AGAAAAAUGAAGUUCUUAGUUUUAUUUUUGAGCAUUGAAGCUGUACUAACGGGGGCUGAUGAGGUUCCUAUAUCAUCCUAUAGCAAUCCAGUUGGUUCCUCGUACACUGUACCUAUAACGAAGAGUAACAGUUAUAACGCACCUGUGAGUAAACAAACUGUGUACUCUGUGUCAGCUGACGACCUAGAAAGAUCAUCUGACGUGGCUGCUUCUGCAUCAGCUGAUACCGACGCUGUGUCGCCUGUGUACAGUUCCUCCAGUUCUACAGUACAAGUGUACAGUGCUGAGAGCCGGGGGUCUCCUGUGUACGCAAAUCCUUCUUCGUCCUUCUUAACCUCCAGUUCUAGUAAAUCUCCGUCCUCCUUCUCUAAAACUCUUACCUCCUCCUACAGUGCUACUAAUGGAAAGUCCUCUAAAUCCUCCCCCAGCUCCUCUCUGUCCUCAACCUACAAGACCCCAGGGACGGUGGCCUCUAUCUCGUAUAACGGAUCCCCUGCAACAGCUGACUACGCCCCAGAGAAAAAAUCCGCGAAACUUGAAAAUGAAAUCGAAUCAGCUGACACGGCAGAACAGAGAAGUGAUGUCGCACCAACUUAUCAGGCACCAGCUGUAGAACAGACCUAUGCUGCUCCUGCCUCUACUGGAAACCUUUACUACUACUACUACCCCGUUGUACCAGAGACUCAACUAAUUGAACGAGAUGAUAAUGAACUGGAUCCUCUUGUCAUUAUUCUAAUCCCUAUCACCAUCAUCAUUGGCUUCCUCGCUAUCCUCUCUAUCAUCAAUGUUGUUUUUGUCAAUGGAAGAUCGUUUACUGGUCGACAGAGUACAGAAUCACCGUUCGGAUCCUUCACAAAUCUUCAGGGUGAGGUGGAUAAUCUACUGUUGAAAUACUACGAAGUUCUAGAGAGUGAAGAGUGCAUGGACAGGGUUGUCUGUGAGUUAGGAACAAAGGCUAAAAAUCUAUCAGGAAUAGAUUAUCUUUUGAGGGCAUUAGAUUGGAUUAUACCAACAAAACUGUCUUCAAGAAUUGAAACCUUUAAGAAGUCUGUGAGCCAGGGCUAUGAAGUUCAUGAGUGCAAGAAGUACGCCUGUGACAGCCGACCAUUGAUCGAUCUAACCCGACGCAAGUAAUCCGCAAAUCAGAGCGCGCGUGUACACAAGAAAUGCCGCAAUUCGAUACCCCGCCUGUGUCAAGUGAAAACACCACGUGCAGUUCCCACGCAAAAUGGAAUUUGCCUCAAACUGGGAAACUUUGGAUUGUGAAACUAAACUAAAAGCCAUUGUUAAACAUAUUUUCACAUUUUAUUUCAUGUUGAGAUUUUUAAAUUCCUGAGGAAAAGAAAAGAAAGUUUCAUAAUAUUACAUUACGUGUCCAAAUACUUUAAAUAUUCGGAAUUCAAUUACUGUCACUUCAACAAUUUGGCUUCAUUCUUGUCAAUUGAUUUGUUUUGAAAUAUUGCUCAAUUUAUAAAGACCCAUAAAACUGUGGAAUAGGAAGACGACUGUUAGACUCAAAUGUUGAUUUUAGGUAACCAAAUGUAAUGUACAGACUACAGACCCAAUAAUUAGUUGCAGCUACCGUUAAAACUAUAUUUUAUAAAAACAUUAAAUACACUUAAAAUUGCUUAAGUCCCGUCUUCCUAUUCCACAGUUUUAUGGGUCCCACUGUCUUACGAUAAAAAAUAUCAACCAAAAUGUCAACCCUUGAAUCUCAACCAGGAAACCGUGGUCCUAAACAUACUGAAAUAUCCAACAAUUUUAGGAAAGUUUAAGUUGGGGGGUAAAAUAAGAAAGUCUGAUUUUCCUUUUAUUGAUAAUUGAUAUCACUGUAAUCUUGUAAAAUUGUACAUACUUGAAUUUUAAAUAUGGAAACCUUCAAAAUCAUUCCAAAAUAUGGUUUGUUUCUAAAAAA